CCUUAGCUCCUCCACACUUUAGUCGUGGUUGUCUCCAUUGGAGGUGCUUGACAAUGUACAUGUGGCUGACAGCUUUAGGCGGACUGCUGCUCCUGUGCGCCCCCAUCCUCAGGUCACUCUUCCCGUACUUGGUGGACGACAGCGUGUACAUCCUCAGGAGUGUCCGCUUCGCCAUUACACUUCACAAGUACAAGACGAGAAAACCUUUCCACAGCAUCGUGGACGGCUUCUUGGACGCGGCCAGGAGACAUCCCUCUAAGACCUUCUUGCACUUUGAGGGACAACAGUUCUCCUAUGGAGAGGUGGACAAGCAGAGCAACAAGGUGGCCCGGGUCUUCCAGGAGGAGGCCAGGCUCAAGGAGGGAGAACCGGUAGCCCUCUUUUUGGCCAACGAGCCGGACUUUGUGUGGACCUGGCUGGGACUCGCCAAACUGGGCUGUCCGGUUGCUCUGCUCAACUUUAACAUCAGGUCCAAAUCUCUGCUGCACUGUUUCUCCUGCUGUGGGGCCAAAGUGCUGGUGACCUCUGCAGAGCUGCAGGGCGCUGUGGAGGAAGUGCUACCUGCACUCAGAGCGCAGGGGGUCAGGGUGUACCUCCUGUCAGGGACAUGUCACGUCCAGGGAGUCAGCGUUUUGGCUGAUGAGAUCUCCAAGGCCUCAGACCAGCCAGUGUCUCGGGACCUCAGAGCCAAUGUCAAGAUCAGGAGCACUGCUCUCUACAUCUACACGUCAGGAACCACAGGUUUGCCCAAAGCGGCGGUGGUCACCCAAGAGCGCAUGUGGGCUGCGUCCUUCAUCCAAGGAGCGUGUGGCGUCACAGCCGAUGACGUCAUCUACAUCAAUCUACCUCUCUACCACAGCUCAGGCUUCCUCAUCGGGCUAGCGGGUGCCAUCCAGAGAGGUACAACGAUCGUUUUGAAGAGAAAGUUCUCUGCCACUCAGUUCUGGGACGACUGCAGGAAGUAUAAUGUGACAGUGAUGCAGUAUAUUGGCGAAACCAUGCGGUACCUCUGCAACAUGCCCGAGAAAGACAAUGAGAGGGACCACAAAGUGAGGAUGGCCAUCGGCAAUGGCGUCCGCACAGAUGUAUGGUCCGAGUUUCUGCGGCGCUUCGGCGACAUUAAAGUGAAGGAGCUGUAUGCGGCCACCGAGGGAAACAUCGGGUUCAUGAAUUACACCUCCAAGGUCGGCGCUGUGGGGCGGAUCAAUUUCUUCCACAGUUUCAUCUUCCCAUACACGCUGAUCAAGUUCGACAUCGAGAAGGAGGAGCCUGUCAGAAACUCCCAGGGUCUUUGCAUCAAGGCGGCCAAAGGUGAGACGGGUCUCCUGGUGGGAAAGGUCACCCAGAGGUCACCCUUUGUGGGCUACGCAGGCAACGAGCAGCAGACGGAGAAGAAGAAGCUCCGCGACGUGAUGAAGAAGGGCGACUUGUACUUCAACACGGGAGAUUUGCUUCGCUUUGACGAAGACAACUUUGUUUAUUUUCAAGACAGAGUCGGCGACACAUUCAGGUGGAAAGGAGAAAACGUGGCCACAUCGGAGGUAGCAGACAUCCUCACAAUGGCUCAUUGCAUUUUAGAGGCAAACGUGUACGGCGUUAAAGUGGAAGGGAACGAAGGACGGGUGGGCAUGGCGGCAGUCACUUUGAAAGAAGGCCAAGACUUUGACUGUGACGAAGCCUACACGCUGCUGGUCACCUAUCUACCCACCUACGCACGCCCCCGAUUCAUCAGGAUACAGCCCUGCUUGGAGAUGACGGGCACGUUCAAGAUGAAGAAAACCACGUUGGUGAGAGAAGGAUUCAACCCAGCACUCAUCAGCAACCCUUUAUACUACCUCGAUGCAUCGAAACAGACCUUUGUUCCCAUGACGGAGGAGAUAUACAGCGGCAUAACCAGCGGCACGAUCAAACUCUAACACAGAGUGUUUCCAGAUAUGUUCACCUUAUCUGCCUUCAAACAACUAAUCUCAGGGAGGGAUGGACACCAUAAGACUAUUUCUCCUGUUAUGUAUUUGCAGCCCUGACAACUGUAGGAAGUAAACUACUGUGCAGUACAGCUAAUAUUUCAUCAGCUAGGAUGGGCCAAAUCAACUAUAGCAUUUCAAAAUACUACACUGAAGUCUUUUAUCCAAUGAAAUGAAUUUGCUGUUAAUAUCAUCACAAGUUAGGAUAUUAAACUUAGCAUCUGUUGUGAUUUUAUCAUUGAACCUUUGUGCCACGGUGAUGGACCGCCAAGUCAUGGCAAGACACUUUUAUCACAUCAUUUACUUUUCAAGUCUACAAUAUUGGUGGACAUUUCUGUCUCCUGGGAGUAAAAUUCAUUUUAGAAGAAAAAAAAAGGCCUAAAAUAUGAAUAGUACUACGUCUACGGGUAGUAAGCCAGUUUUUUUUUUCCACGUAAUGUUCCAACAUUACUCCCUCAUCGUAAAUUGACAACUUUACACGUAUAACAUUUUGCCUUUUUCUUUUUCGUAAUGAACUUAAAGGGAGUGUAUGCAGCCUUGAGUUCCCCAGCUGCCUAGAGGGCGCUAGCGUUUCAACGUACUGCCAGCAUUAUAUCAAGCCCUCUUCCUGAUUUGAGUACGCAAGCCACGCCUGACGUGACAUGUGCGCGCUCACAAUGUUUGUUGUCAGCUAAUGAUAGCGAUUUGACAAAGUUUAACUAUUGUUGAAAGUAUCGCAUGAAUGUAAAUUGUUAAUCGCCUCUUUGAGAUUACUUUUGUGUGUGUGGACGCACCAUAGAAACCUGUGUGAAUACCAGAUAGCGGCACGUGGCCAAACAUCUUGUUUGGGCCGAACACAAUUUACGGCAAUUUUUUUGGUUUAAUUUGCAAUUGUGAAAUAAAUGUUUUUGUACAAGCUUGUUCUUUUAACCCACUGUUGGUAACAUACACUAUGCUAGGCGGUGGUGGUCUUCUUGGGUGAAAAACAAACAUAAUCUUGUGCCAGCUGCGUACAGUCCCUCUAGUUAUUGGAACAUUUCUACUUCACUCUUGUAGUUUUUUUCUUCCCACUAACACAGCCCCACACAGGUUUGCAUCCUUUCAACAUAACAUGGAAACGUGCUUUCGUGCUACAUUGGCCAGUAUCCAUUGUACAGAAAUUGCAAGCACACUUUGCAAACUGUCAUUAAUUUGUGGAGUCUAGUCUAAUUUCAAAAUGAAAUUUAUUUAUUAAUACAGUGGUAUACAUUUAAAAAAUGUGUUGCAGACGGGAAAACAAGGUAUGAAAAAAAAAAGAAGUCUAAAUAAAUAAAAAAAAAAUGCUGGACAAACAGGGAAAUAAACUAGUGUUGUAUUGAAGCACUGAAGUGUUACCAUAUCAAAAGAAAAUAGUACUGAUGUGCCAUCAUAAAUUGUCUAUUAGUACAAAAAUACAUUUCAGGGCACACAAUAAAGCAUCCAGUAUCACAAAUAAAGAAAGGGACCAGUCCUUGUAACAGACCCCCCACCCUCAACCCCUUUGGGCAUAU